UACCGUAUCGGCAAGCGUCCGAGUUAGCAACAUCCGCUAGCUACCUACGUUUUCUGCAGGUAUCCAGCCGUCCAAAUACCAACAUGUCUUCAAGAACUUUGCCCCUGCUAUUCAUCAACCUCGGCGGGGAAAUGCUGUACAUCCUGGACCAGCGGCUCCGAGCUCAGAAUAUCCCCGCUGACAAAGCUAAGAAAGUUAUGAAUGACAUCAUCACCACCAUGUUCAACAAAAAGUUCCUAGAAGAGCUUUUCAAGCCACAGGAGCUUUACUCCAAAAAGGCCCUACGGACUGUGUUCGACAGGCUCGCCCAUGCCUCUAUAAUGAGGCUUAAUCAAGCUAGCAUGGACAAGCUCUAUGACUUGAUGACGAUGGCUUUCAAGUACCAGGUGCUUCUCUGUCCCCGACCUAAGGACAUCCUCCUCGUCUCCUUCAACCACAUGGAUGCAAUCAAAGACUUUGUGAAAGACACCCCCGCCAUUCUCAGCCAGGUUGACGAGACGUACCAACAGCUCAUAGAGAUGUAUACACCAUUGUCUAGUGGUGACUUCCAGCUCAUUAGACAAACUCUCCUUAUUUUCUUCCAAGACAUGCAUAUCAGAGUGUCUAUUUUCCUCAAGGACAAAGUGCAGAACUCCAACGGCCGCUUUGUGCUUCCCACUAGUGGUCCUGUGCCUUAUGGAACGCAGGUCCCUGGCUUGAUAAGGAUGUUUAGCUGUACUGGUGAAGAGCUGACCAGGCUGCAGUUCAACAAUGGUGGAAACUAUUCUGCUGCUCUGCGGGAGGGGUCCUUCGAGAUAUUUGGAGACAGAGUCACCAAACUAGGCACAAACAUGUACAGUGUCAGCCGCCCAGUGGAAACCCACAUGUCAGGAACAUCUAAGAAUUCUGCUCAGCACACAAAGGUCAACACUGCUCCCAACCCUCUAGCCAAAGAGGAGCUGAAUCUGCUGGCCAAGUUAAUGGGAGGGUUAGAAGUUCAGAAACCAGGAAAUGCAGACAGCGGCUUCCGAGUCAACCUCUUUGCCACAGAUGAGGAAGAAGAAGAGGCAUUAAUGUCAAGACCAGAUGAGCUUUCAUAUGGAGUCAUAAAAAUCCAAGCAACAAAGGACCAGCAGUCCAAUGCAGAGCUGGCAAAGAUCAUGGGAGAGUUUACAGAGUCUGGAGAUCAAUCUCCCAGUGCCAGCAGCAAAGGAGACGACCUUCUGGCCAUGAUGGACGGCCUGUGACAUGGUCAUCCUGAGAGAAAUGCCCCGAAGGGUGGAGCACAAUGCAUCGUCAACAGUCUGGUCUCCCGUAGACCAGUCUGCUGUCUGUACUUGCAAACACAGUGCAGUGACCUCAAAUGCAGCCAGAAAACCUUCUUCUUUGGGUGCUUUUAAAAUGCAGAUGUGAGCAGGUAUUUCCAUUUGUUGUCAAAUGACGUACUGCAGAUUUGCAUAGUUAACAAAUAAGAACGUGUUGAGUCAAGCUUUAAGCUGCAGUACACUGUAAUAGUAUGUUUGCUGUAAACUGAAAACAGUUUCAGUCCAUCAGAACAUACAGUAGGCCUAUAUCAGUAUGUUGAACAUGUGUAUGUGGUAAAAGCAAAAUCUCCAUUUGUUUAAUGUCAGGAUGUUGCAUUUUUCAAGCCAAACUCGCUGUAGUACAAAAUACACAUUCCUUUAAUUUCACACAGUCUCAUUUAGCUUAAAUGAUAAUAAUACAUCACAGUUUUAGCCCAUAUUUCCAUGUUAGUUUAUUGCACAGUAAAAAGAGGGAGUUGAACUUCCUUUGUAUUCUAAUGAACAAAUGAUUAAGUGGUAUCGUGGGGGAGUUGAAAGAAACCCAAGUGCUCUUUCUAAUAAUUCAGAUUCCAUCAAAUCUGUAUUUUGGUAAGAAAUAUGUGCAUCUUGCAUCACACUGUUCUACCUUAAAACCAAAUGAGGAGUAGACAUUUUUCACUAUCCUGUGAUGUCACCAUUGUCGAGCUUGGGCCCAGAAAUGUGCUCACUGAUGUGAUGAUGUGAUUAUAAUGUAGAGUAAUGCAAUAUAAGUAAUUGUCUAAUAUGUAAAUAUGUUUCUCGCAUACUUAAUUUAUUUGAAUAUAUUAUUUUUUGUGUAUAGGGACGUGCAUAUUGCUGCAAUUGUUGAAUAUCCAAUGUAGAAUUUUUA